CAGCUGCCUCGGCUUUCGCGCGCGCAGCACCGUCUCUGCGUGCUCGAGCCUGCGCCAUCCGCGCCGCCGCCGCCGCUGCCGGCGUCUUUACUCGUCGCCGCUGCCACGCCUGCGCGCGCGCAUCCUUAUCCAUCCAUGGCCGCCUCGACGCCGCGCUCGCUCGCGCGCACUGCCAGCGGCUCCGGCUCGUACGGCCGUCCGAGCAUGGAGGCGCCUGCCGGCUCGCUCGCCGCUGCCGCUGCCGCAUCCGCUGCAUCCACAUCGGCGGCGGCGCUGGCUGAUGCGCGCCCGGCACUGCUGCAUCCCUCGGCACUCUCGCCGGCCGAGUAUGGCUGCUUCCCGCAGUGGUUUGCCGGCCUGAGGCAGGCGCGCAGCGGCGCUGCCGACUGCGCAGAAGAGAGCGAUGCGCUGCGCUUCCUGCGCGACGAGUGCAAUCUUUCGGUGCAGGAUGAGGUGCUGAUGCUGUCGCUGUUCGAGCGCUUCCCGUAUGGUCUGCCCUCGGGCGUCUUCUAUGCGCUCCUGCGCCUCACCUCGCAUGCGCAGCGAGGCGAUGCUAUCUCUCUGGACGCGCUUUUCACUCAGGCGCCGCCGCCAAAAACAGGCCUCAGCGCAGCGGCUGCGACGGGCCCGCUUCCGCCGCCGCCUCAGCAUGUCGCGACGAUCGCAGCCAAGAAUUCCGCCGCAAGCGCAGCACCUCCUGCCGCAAGCGCUCAGUCACCCAGCCGGAGUGGUCCGCCGGAGGUGCCGGCUAAGCCAGGCAAGGCAGCCGCCGCGAGUGCCGCGCCGCCGCCAGCGACGCCCGUCAUCUCGAGCGCGAAGCUGCAGCCGCCGCUCAUCCCUACGCCGACGGGCGGCGCUGCGCAGACGGCCUCGAACGAGGACCACCUGCGCCCCGCCAAUCCAUUCCGGCCAACUCCGGUCAUUGGCGUGCCGGCGGCGUCUGGCUCGACCAGCGCAGCAGGCGCAUCGCCUGUCGUCGGCUCUGGCAUCUUGGGCUUCGACCCGGCGCCGAAUCCGUUCAAGAACGCCGCCAAGACGUCGACCAAGCUGGUGCGCCCGACCCCAGUCGUCGCCAAUGCCGGCACUUCGGUGCUCGGCUCGCCCUCGCCGCCGCCGAAUGCGCGCGCAGGUGCGAAUCCGUUCCGCGGGGGCCUCGUCUCGGUGCCGGGCCGAAGAGGCUCCGCGCGCGAUGAUGACCGCGUAGACAGCCCGGGCACGAGCGUGACAGAGGGCACGGCUGUCGGCGUCGGCGCGCUCAACUCGCCGCCGCUGCCGCCACGUCCAUCGGGCGCUGAGCGGCCACCUCCGCCGCUGCCGCCGCGCGCAGCCAACCCGCUCAUCCAGGCGGGCCUGGCGGCAAGUCGCGAGGUCCGCCGCAAGCAAGAGGCGCUGCCGCCCAAGACGUACACGGUGCUGCAGAGCUCUGGCGCGCCCGUGAAGAAGAGUGCGCCGCGGCUACUGGACGGCAAGGCGCCGCCCCCAGGAGCACCGAUCCCGGCUCCCGUCGCGCCGCCGCCUACGCACCACAGCAAGCGCAAGCCCACCAGCUCGUCUGGACACGACCCGAAACGCAGCGUCAGCGAGCUGCCGAGCCCUAGCAUGCUGCGCGGGCUCAGUGGCGACGACUCGGUGGACGAUGGGCGAGAUGGGGCGCAGAACGGGCCGACACUCAGGCAUCCGCGGGCCGUCAGCGGCGGAGGCGUUGCGCGCGUGACGCCGACGUACAAGCCGAAGGCAUCGUACGGCUCUAUCGGCAGAGAGUCGAAGAGCGGCGGCCUGCCGUCGUGGCUGCGCGAGCAGGAGGAGCUGCAACGCUCAGCCCUGGCCGACGGCGGCGCCUCGCUGCCGCGCUCGUCCUCUGCGCACUACUCGCAUCACCGGCAGCAUUCCGGACAUGCGCCGCCCGACGCGCCGCCAAGCGUCACCUCGUCGCGCAUCGAGUUCUUGGACAACGACAUGGACGAUGAUGACGGCGGCCUCAGCAGCGAGCAGGCGAGCCGCGCGGCGUCGAUCGACCGCAACAACCCCUUCUUCCUGCGCAGCGCGCGCGACGCCGACGCCCAGCCGCCGACGUCGCCCGGCGAGCCGCUGACGAAGCUGGCGGUCGCGCGCGCUGCUGCCGCCGCUGCGGUGCUCGACGGCAGAGACCUGCCGCGGCCGGACAACGCAUGGGUGCGCGGCAACAGCGACGGCACCAUGAGCGGGCGCGGCGACGCCGAUGGCCUGCUGCGCCCACUGGGCCGCAGCAAGACACUGCAGAGCCGGGCAGCGGGUGUGCCGCCUGCGCCGCCGCGCAAGAAGGUCGACGAGAAGCCGGCGCAGCUCGACUCGGGCACCUACGCGGGCUUCGGCAAGCCGGCGCGCCAGGAGGGUCCGCAAGGCGGUGGCCUGCGCCUCGUGCCGCCGAGCAAGAAGGCAGAGGUCGGCAUUCCGCCGCACAUCGUCCUCGAGCGAGAGCGCGAGCGUGCGUCGCGGGAGCGCGGUGCGAUGCACCAGAACCCGGUGCCACCGCCUCCGCCCGUGCGGCGCGCCAGCAACGUCAGCACGCUCAGCCGCACGAGCAGCAGCGGCGGCACGCCCAUGUCGCCCGUCGACGGCGACCAGCCGUUCGUGCUCGUCGGCGGCGUCAAGGCGCCCGGCCUGCGCGAGCGCGUCUCUGGGCUCUUCGGUCUGCAGGACUCGGCGACCAAGGGCACGCGCCCGCUCGAUACGCUCAAGCAGGACUUCCAGAGCGUCGCUGAGCGGCACGAGUGGCUGGCACGCGCCGCCGAGCGGGCACGCGGGCGUCCGAUCUCGGAGGGCACUGUCGCGCUCAUGUCCGACCAGGACCUGAGCCAGGAUGCGCCGCACGUCGAUGACAGCUACGAGGAAGAGCGCCGGCGCGAGCAGGCGAAGCUCGAGGGCGGCGACCGCUCGACGCCACUGGCACGGCGAGUGAGCAGCGGCCACGCUGCUGCGCGCCCGACGGCACACCUGCGCCGUGCCAGCUCGAACGCGCGCCGCUCCGUCGCUGCGAUGGAGGGCCCCUUCUCGGACCUGUCGCGUGAGACGGGCCCCAACGGCACGCCGCGCGAGGAGCUGAGCAGCGCGCUCGUCGUCGACGACGAGGCGCCUGGUCCGGACGUCGACCGGCGCUCGAGCGAGUAUGCCCAGCUUGCCUGAUUGCCGCUUCCUGCCUCUCCGUCACCCCGUCCUCCAGCGUAUACCCUCAGCACUGCCGCUCGACCUCACCGCAUCACACUCUCUGCGUCUCAUCCUCCGCCGUCCCAGCAUACCACAUCCCUUGCCGCGCAUGCGCCUGUAGUACAUCGGCCGCCUUUUUGCGCCAGUCUCAGCACCACAAUCUCUAUCGCAUUACUCUGUC